AUAAACAAAAACCGCUCAUUAGAAGUAUGAGAAUAAUACCAGGUAUAAAACCAGCCAUUUGAAUACCCCAAGGUAUUGUUAGCAUAGAUGAUCCUAAUAUAGUGUUCCAUAUCGAAAACCUAUAAAUAUAUAAUAAUGUGUGAGCACAAACUAUAACUACCUUGAAUAAAAAAAUGUCAACUAUGACAAAAGAAGACGAUCAUAUAAACAUCUACUUUAUAAUGAUUUUUCUAUGAAGAAAUAAAUGAUGUAGAAUGUGUUUUAAACUCAUAAGAAAAUAAGUUGUAACAAUUCUGUUCAUGCAUAUACUUGGCAAAAUUAUCGACAUAUGUACAUGAUAAACCAUGACAAACUACAAAAGUAACGAAAUAUAUCAACAAUUUUCGUAACGUAGAGUUUGUAAGUACAAUUUGUUUCUUCAUCAUUUUUUGAUAUAAUUUCAUUUUAUUAUUUUAUAGUUCUAUUAAUUGAAUAUUUGAAGUGUCUAUUUCUUAAUGAAUAAAUAUUAAAUCCCUUUUAAAGUUUAAAUUAUAAUCAGUUUAUUCUACUCUAAGGGGUCCCUAGACAAGUAAGGAGACAUCUUCAAUUGUGCAUCGAAUUUUUUAAUCAAAUUUUUUUUAUAUGUAAAAAAGGGUAUGCAGAACAAUCUCUGAAAGUAGGGAAGGGCAAAUCUUUUCGUUUUCGAGAAAUAAAUUUUUAAAAAUAGCUAAAUUUCGAUUGACGAGUGUCGAUCAUACAAGUGUGAAAGUUAUCAUAAAAACAGCGUAGCGCAGUCGGUAAAUUACCAGGUUGCGAAGUCGAUCUUUUGCGCUGGGCGCGGUUUGAUCCCGGUAGGAGGUACUUAUUUUUUUUUUACGUUUUCUUCUGUUUGUAUCAUAUUUUGUUAUGGAAGCUAUCUUUAUGUAUCUUAAGAUUAUUUUAUAAAAUAUCGUGCAAUUUUUAUGUUUUUUAUCGUAUUGAAAACACUUAUACACUCAUGCAUGAGUGAGUGUUAGAAUGAAAAUACGUUCUGAUUACUUGUUGUAGAUAUUUAUAUAAGUUACGCGGAUGUCAUUCUGAGGGAGUUUAUGUAAUGGCUGUGUGCAAUGUUUGUUUGAAAUAAUUAAAUUGUUAUUUACAGACUAUGUAUAAUGACGUAUAUUUUUAUAAAAGCUUGUAAAUACUCUUUUAAUAUAUAUAAAAAGGUAGUUUCCAUAGCCAAACAUGAUAAAAAAUAAGAAACCGUAAAAAAAAAUGAAGUGACUCCUACAGGGUUCGAACCGCGUCCAGGAGCGCAAAAGAUUGAUUUCGCAACCUGGUACUCUACCGACUGCAUUACGUUGCUUCUAACAAUUCAACACUCCGAUACGAUAGACACUUUUCAGGGCCGGUUUUAGCAAUAUUGGCGCCUCAGGCAAGAUUAUCGUGGUGCCCCUUCAGAAGCUUACAAUUUUUAAGAAAAGAAGACAAGGUAAUAAUAUUAAACGAUGAAUCUGUAGGUAGAUUGUAAAGAUUGUUUAACUACAAUAUAUACCAGCUUUACUAAUCUACAUCGGACUGCGACGCCCCCAAAAAUCUGGCACCCCGGGCGGUUGCCCGACCGCCCCCCUCCCCUAACGCCGGCCCUGACACUCGUCAAUCGAAAUUUAGUUAUUUUAAAAAAUUUAUUUCUCGAAAACGAAAAAGAGUUGGCCCUUCCUACUUUCAGAGAUUGUUCUACAUCAUACCCUUCUUUAGAUAUAACAAAAAUUUGAUUAAAAAAUUCGGUGUACACUUGGAGAUGUUUCUAAGAUGAAAAAGGGCGAAAGGGAAAUUUGUUCAUUUUUUAUUUUAAUAUUAAAGAAAGUGCAUAAGGGUAAGAUGAAAAAAAGUAGCAUAUAUGUAGGUGAAAUGAAAAACCAAAAAAUGGCUGGUACGGUUAGAAGCUAGCUACGGGCAUUGACCUUUCGGGUGGUCGUCUGUUGCCCAGGCAACCGACGGAGCACUAACCCCUUCUAAUGUGAAUAUACUGUGCAGCAGACACAACCACCCGAUGGUCGACGAAACGUGAGCUACCGGUAACCGCGUUCACCUUGUAUUCCCAUUCGUUUCCAUGUCUUAAAAGCAUGUUGCCGCAAGAGAUCAAAAUUUUCAAAACUGUUGAACGUUCGAUGAAGCUAGAAACAUCUCGACAUGUGUAAUUUGGAGUUCCUUCUUCUUUUUCUACUAAGGGUACGUUAACCAGGCGCGUGCUUUUAGGAUGUGGAAACGAAUUGCCGUUUACGUGAUCCCUAAAUAGUAAUCUAAAACACGAUGAUUAAUAGUAGUGAAACUUAUUACCAUGAAAACGUCUGGGUGUUUUCACGAUUUUUCAUACUUAAUCAUGGGGUAGGAUCCUGACAAAAGGAAUUUAGACACGAGCAGUUAUCGUUCCGUUGAACUGCAAUCCCGUCGAGAUAUGUCGAGUGCGGUGACGAGUAGAAUAAUCGAGACCCGAGUACACGAGGGCCAAAAGCCGGGUACUUCGGGAUUACGCAAAGCCGUGAAGGUUUUUAUGCAAGAGCACUACACGGAGAAUUUCAUUCAAGCGAUACUCCAGGCCCUUGGCGAUCAGUUGGCUGGUAGCACGUUAGUUGUAGGCGGAGAUGGAAGGUAUUACGGGAAAGAAGCUGUUGGGAAAAUAAUCAGAAUAGCGGCAGCCAAUGGUGUAAGAAAAUUGAUAGUGGGUCAAAAUGGUAUAUUUUCAACUCCAGCAGUGUCCACUAUAAUAAGAAAGUAUAAGACCCAAGGAGGAAUUGUCUUGACGGCAUCCCAUAAUCCUGGUGGACCAAAUGCUGAUUUUGGUAUAAAAUUCAAUUGUGACAAUGGCGGUCCUGCUCCAGAUAACGUCACAAAUAAAAUUUAUGAGAUCACCAUGUCAUUGAAAAGCUAUAAAAUUGCAUCUGACAUAAAUAUAGACAUAGAUAAGAUACAGAGUACUACUGUUCAAGUUGAUGGAAACCAAUUUACAGUAGAUGUGAUAGACUCUGUGGAUGAUUACUUAGAACAUAUGAAGAAUAUCUUUGACUUCCCAACUAUCAAGAAGUUACUUCAAGGAAGUGCCAAUCAACCUCCUUUCAAAGUACUUAUUAAUGGAAUGAAUGGAGUUACUGGACCAUAUAUAAAACGAAUAUUCAGUAGCGAAUUAGGUAUUGAUAAUUCAAGUAUCGUUAAUGUAAAUCCUCUGGAAGAUUUUGGAGGACUUCACCCUGAUCCCAACUUAACAUACGCCAAAGACUUAGUAGAUGCUAUAAAAAAUGGCCCAUAUGACUUUGGUGCUGCUUUUGAUGGAGAUGGAGAUAGAAACAUGAUACUGGGAAAAAAAAGUUUCUUUGUCACACCUUCAGAUUCAUUGGCUGUAUUAGCUGCUAACUUGGAUACGAUACCAUAUUUCAAAAAGACUGGUGUUAAAGGGUAUGCUAGAUCGAUGCCAACAGGUGCCGCUGUAGAUUGGGUUGCAGCUAAAAAAGGUGUUAAAUUGUUUGAAGUACCCACAGGCUGGAAAUAUUUUGGUAAUUUAAUGGAUGCUGGGCAUCUGUCAUUAUGCGGAGAAGAAAGUUUUGGGACUGGCUCUGACCAUAUUCGUGAAAAAGAUGGAAUAUGGGCAUGCCUUGCGUGGCUUAGUGUAAUUGCAAAUCUUGGAAAAUCUGUAGAAGAAAUAUUGUUAGAUCAUUGGGAAACGUAUGGAAGGAACUUCUUUACAAGGUAUGACUACGAAAAUUGCGAAUCCGAAGAAGCGAACAGAAUGAUGCACCACAUUGAAACAGAAAUACAAAAGCCUGAAUUUCUGGGUUCUAAAUUAACAUCUGGUGCUAAAACGUAUGUUGUCAAAUUAGGUGACAAUUAUUCGUAUGUAGAUCCUGUCGAUGGAACCAAAGCUACUAAACAGGGAUUACGAGUACUAUUCGAAGAUGGUUCCCGCAUAAUAUACCGUCUGUCUGGUACAGGAAGUUCUGGAGCUACUAUCCGUUUGUAUGUUGAUAGCUACGAGAAUGAUCCUCAACUUAUAAAGAAAGAUGCUCAAGAAGUUCUUAAGCCGCUGGUUAAUAUUGCGCUAGAGUUAAGUAAAUUGCGCGAGUUUACUAAACGCGAUGCACCAACCGUUAUAACGUAAUAAUACAUGCCCUUUAUUGUUGAUCUUUAUUUUAUCCAAAAUGUGCUUUAAAAAGGAAAAGUGAACUUGUCUGAUAACAUAAAUUAGUUAAGUAACGAAAGUAUUUCACGUUUUAAUGUAUUCACAUACACAUCGAAUGAUGUUACGAAUGUCGGUAUUUUAGUUACAUUACAUUUCAUUCAAAUUAUCGUAUAAAUAUCCACAAUAUGAAUUCACAGAAAACAAGAAGUGUGCAUGUACGAAUCAAUAUUUUGUAUUAAGUACGAUUGCAGAAUUAAGAGUUUGUACAAUAAUCGCGGUGGUGCAAAUUGUUAGGACACAAAUGAUUCACGAAAAAUAUUCAAUGUUCAAACCAUAAAUGACACCUUGUUUCAUACUUUUCUAUAAAACUUAAAACUGCCUUGUUUUAUUAUACAAAUUUUAACUCUGGUAUGGUUAUCGCAGUAAGACUUCAAACACGUAAAUUCAUUAAUCGGUAGUUCCAAGAUCACGUGUCUUUAUAUGUGGAAGCAUUGUUUGCAAAAGGUAUUCAAGCAUGCAGAAAGAUGGAAAUAGUUUAACCCUUCGGUGCUUGUAUAAUGUAAAAAUUUGUAAAAUAUAUUCAAUUAUAUUUUUAGGUUAUAUCUUUUUAAGAAAUUUUGUUUUUUUUUUUAAAUUGUAUGUGUCAUGUAAUCGAUCGAAAGAUGAAAGUAUACAAUUAACGUUAAUUUAUGUAGAAUAAAAAGAACACAUUAUUUAUACGUUCGGAGGAGACAAUUUACAAUAUAGGUCUUUUUAUGUGUACAAAAGUAUUGAAUAGACGUUUUGUAUAGUUGAAUUUUACUUGUACAUGAACGAAACAAACGUAUGUAUAUAUAACAUAUUGCGAUAUUAACAUCGGAGGGUUAAUGAAAAAGCGUAAAUUCAAUUGUAAUUGAAAGUAGCAUACCAUGUUAUAGUGACUGAUCUUCAAAUAUUUGAACUUUCAAGGUCGCUAUGAAUUUGACAGCAUUAUUUAAAAUUACAUUUAUUACAAAUUGCAAAAUUAUUACUAUUAAUUGAAUCUGAUAUAUGUAAACGAAAUUAUAGAAUUUGAAAAAGAGAAUAUUUUUUGUUU